GAAUGGAGCGAUCGGCCUUUUUUAUCUCUCGUCCGUUUCCUCUUGUGGCUCACAUAAAUCGCAGAAGGCUUCUUCCAUAGGGCUGCUACUUGUUCGAAAUCAGAAAAGAGCAGGAGAAUAUUGAUGCGACAGAAAGAAGGAAAAAACAAAGGAGAGACGAGGAAGGAAGAAGGAAACCGCGAAGAGAAGAGAGGAAGAAGGGGAAUCCGAUUUGGCUUGUUUAGGGCUGAUCCCAGGUCACAUUCCAGGAUUACCUUGACGAUUUCAAGAAGCCUCGAGACUUAAAGUCGAGGAAAAGGGUCAAUUAGACAAAUGCGUUUGCCAAUAGGGAUGCUUUAGAGUUGCCUGACCAUUUUAAGCUUUUAUCCAUUACGUGUGACUGGUUAUUUCAGUGUUGCAAUUUCAAACAAAAGCUUAACGGGCGAUCAGGGGAACAUAAUUGUAGAAACCUCCGUAGUGAGAGCAAGGAGCCACAAAGUGCUGGAAUUGAUUCACAUUCGCUUGAAAAAUGGAUGCAAAAGAUUCGGGAGAUGGCAAGCAAAAUACUGCUGAUAUGACACAGUUUGUUCAAAACCUUCUCACACAAAUGCAAACCAGAUUCCAAACAAUGUCUGACUCUAUUGUUUCAAAGAUCGAUGAGAUGGGUGAAAGGAUAAGCGAGUUGGAGCAGAGUAUUAAUGAUCUUAGGGCAGAGAUGGGAGCUGAGGGCACUCAACCUCCUCCAUCACCUUCAAAGAAGGAUGGUUCUGCUGCAUAAUAAAAACAUGUUCCAAAAUCAACAUCUGUUUUUUUGUGCGUAACUUUUGUCUUUUUUUUUUUUUCUUUAUCACAUCACGUGUUUAGAAAUUACGUUGAGUAACAAUGGUGAUAAUAUCUACUAUGUUUUUCUUUUUCUUUUUGGACACUUAACGGAUUCUUGUUGGAUAUUCUAAUUCGGUUAUGUUGUUUUAGGAUGUUUGAUUAAGAAUACCUUUUUCAUUAUUUGAAAUCAUCAUAUCAUAUAUUAUAUA